AGUUAAGUUUCAAGAAGAAGGUAAAAGAUCUUACUGCCAAGAGCGUGGCAUGACUUACGUCCCGGAAAACAAAAAGGGAAACAAAUUGAAACAUUCCAUUAAAUACUUGGAGGAACAGCUCAGAGAUAAUUCUGUAACUUAUUGUCAAUGGUACGACGACUCGGUUGCACAAUUAAUGCUUAGCAAUGGCCUACUGCUACAAAUACAAGUUUGUCCCUUUACCGGUGACGUACAAGAAAUUCAUUUUGACAAAUAUCUUAUAGGAAAGUUAUCGGAACAUAUAUCUGACGUAAUUAUUACCAACCCAGAUAGCACAGGACGUCCUCAGGAUCAUCCUGAAUAUGUCCCGGGAUGUCCUGCCCAGUGA